AUUGUGGCACGCUCCUUCCUCCACUCCCUUCAUUGCUAGCUAGUCGACUAGCUAGUUAGAGAGACAAGCUCUUUAAAUCUUAUAGUAUAAUUAUUAUGAAUUGAUUGAUCAGUGUAGCAUAGUACAUUUGAUUUCCGUCUCUACAGUCCGGAUAACAAAAGCAGCUAACAAAAUGAACAUACGAAACGCAAGGCCGGAGGACCUUAUGAACAUGCAGCAUUGUAACCUGCUGUGUCUUCCAGAAAACUACCAGAUGAAGUACUAUUUCUACCACGGAUUGUCCUGGCCUCAGCUUUCAUACAUUGCAGAGGAUGAAAAUGGCAAAAUUGUGGGAUAUGUGCUAGCAAAGAUGGAGGAGGACCCAGAUGAUGUACCCCAUGGACACAUCACGUCCCUGGCAGUGAAGCGCUCCCACAGACGUCUUGGUCUGGCUCAGAAGCUGAUGGACCAGGCAAGCCGGGCCAUGAUAGAAAACUUCAAUGCCAAAUAUGUGUCCCUCCAUGUUCGCAAAAGCAACCGAGCAGCUCUGCAUCUGUACUCCAACACACUCAAAUUCCAGAUUAGUGAGGUAGAGCCUAAAUACUAUGCAGAUGGAGAGGAUGCCUUUGCCAUGAAGAGAGACCUGGCACACAUGGCUGAUGAGCUGAGAAAUCCUGGAGUGCGCGUGUCAGGUCAGGAGGCACCGUCUGGCCAGAGUCCGUCGGGGUCUGGCGACCAGGAGAGGGAGAGCGAGAGAGACAGCGGAGGAGAGAGCAAAGAGCUGAGUGAAGUCAGCGAGGCAACAGAAAGCACAGAUGUUAAAGAUUCUUCUUCUGAUUCACAAUGACGCUGCAGUCCUAGACCUUUUUAAAUUCAUCCCUCAUUUCCACUUUUUAUCUCAGUUUGACACAUCUCUGACUUUACAAACUGUGACCCCCCUGUGCGUCAAAGCCGUUCACACUCAUCACUGGUUUUUCUGAAAGUCUUGUUCUUCACUGCAAUGAUGAACAAAAUGUCUUGGAUAAUGAAACAAGUCUGGUUGAUAUCUAAGUGAAAUUAAAAUUAAUUACUGCUG